AUGGACUCAUACACCUCAUCAUACCGCGACGCGGCACGCUCCCCCCCGGAUCGUGCCCGCAACGGACGUGAUGAUCGGAUCAAGGAAGAACCACGUGACCCGUUCUACCGUGGUCGCUCGCCAGGCCACGACCGAACUCGGCGCAACCGCUCUCGCUCCCCACAACAGGUCGACCGCUAUGAACCCCGAGCACGGGGCGGUCGAGACGAUUAUGGCGGUGGUCCCCGUGAUCGAGGCGAUCCGCGCGAACGCGACGACCGACGCCGCGUCACUUCCCCGCCAGCGAAUAUUGACCGAUACGUCCCUGGCCAGAGCAAUGGCGAUGCAGCCACGCCCGCAGUUAAUCCCCUGACCGAUCCUGUCAAGCUGCCCUUCCAGGUUGGCUUCUCAUAUUUCGGUGAAUGGUGGAGAGCAAACGAGAAGAUCAAGGAUGAGAAAGAGAGAGCCAAGACAGGGAGACGACGCGAGCCAGAACGCCCUCGUGGUGCACGCGAGUCACAAGAGGAGCGUGACAAGGAGAAGGCCAAGAUCCAAGCUGCUUACGAUGUCUACAAAGAGGAGCUUCAGGCCAAGAUGGCCCGAGCUUUUGUUGCCGAGCACAAAAAGGAGCAGUGGUUCCGUGAGCGCUAUGUACCAGAAGUGCGCGACGCCCUCAAUGCACAGAUCAACGAGUUCCGGCGAGGGGGUUACAACCAAUGGGAGCAAGACCUUGAGUCUGGAACAUUCGAUGAUUUCUCUCUUGAAGGACUGCCCAAGAGCGAGAGCAAUGGCGCUGGCGGGGUUGUGGAGAAGGAAGAAGGGGAGGCCACGGCCGCGAACGAGGUCCUUGGUGUUGGAGAUCUUGUCCCGGCGUCUGGAAACGACCUCAGAGACGAGAACCUGUACCAACCCACGCUCUUGAUCAAGACUAUCGCCCCGCAUGUCAGCCGCCAGAACCUUGAGACAUUCUGCAAGGAAAAUCUGGGUGAGGAAGAAGGUGGCUUCAAGUGGCUCUCACUGAGUGAUCCCAACCCUAGCAAGCGAUAUCACCGCAUGGGCUGGGUCAUGCUUCAUCCCUCGCCAGAUUCGGUCGCUCCAGUCGAGCGUGCUGAUCCCAAGGAUGACGACAUGGAGGGCGAGCCGAGAUCUCCCAAACUGAUCAGCACAGCCGAAAAGGCGCUCGAGGCUGUCAACGGCAAGACAGUCAAAGAUGAGGUUCGUGGUGAUUUUGUAUGCCACGUCGGUGUGCACAACCCGCCAACGAAUCCGCGCAAGAAGGCUCUUUGGGACUUGUUCUCAGCCCCUGAACGGGUCGAGAAGGAUCUCACCUUGGUGCAGCGCCUCAUAAACAAAUUUGAGGAGGACUACGGCUCUGAUUUCAAUGGCUUCCUGAGAAUCGAGGAGAGAGUCGAAAAUCUGCGAAGUGCCGGCCAACUCAAGCCGGUCGGCCCAGCGCCUGUAGCCAAAAAGGUCAAGAAGGAGAGAAAUCUUGAUUUUGACGAUGUCAUGGACGAAGGCGAGAUGGGAGAUUCCGAAGAAGAGGAAGGUGCGAUUGACGACGAUGAGAUCGACGACGAAGACCUACUGGUCAAGAAGAAGCAGCUCGACCUCGCGACCGAGUACCUCCGUCGUGUCUUCAACUUCUGCUUCUUCUGCGUAUUCGAGUGUGAUUCGAUUCACGAGCUCACUCGUAAGUGUCCAGGCGGCCACCUCCGGCGCCCACGCAGCACGCUAUCGACUGCUGCAAAGGGCGUGGCUCGCGCAAGUGCCAACGGAGAGCCGUUCCCAGCCAAGAAGCGUGAGGAGGGCGAAGAGGAGGGCGAAGCGCCGGAGCCGGACCGCAAAUUCCGUGGCCAGUCAUCAAAGUCCGAACAGCAGCUGGAGCGGGCGUACAAGUGGGUGAAGACCUUUGAGGACAAGAUCAUGCAGAUCCUGGAGCCAGAGACGGUGGACCUUCGCAAGCUUGGCGGCAAGCCGGCGGAUGAGGCUGUGGCCGACGAGCUCAACAAGUUUGUCAAGCAAGAGGAUGAGCACAAGUGGCGGUGCAAGGUCCCUGAAUGCACCAAGCUCUUCAAAGAAGAGCAUUUCUGGAAGAAGCACGUCGAGAAACGCCACGGGGACUGGCUGGACAAUCUCAAGCAGGAGUUUGAGCUCAUCAAUGCUUACGUUCUCGACCCGUCCCACAUUGCGCCAUCUCGAACGGACGCGAACAGCAACGGGCACUUCCCCCCAGCCAAUGGCCAAACGCAGCAAGGCACCCCUAGAGGUUUCAAUCUCCAGAACUUCUCGAUGAACAACAUCAUGCCACAGUUUGCUGGCUUCCCUGGCUUUGCAGGCAUGCCACCUCUGUUUGCCGGGAACCCAGCAGCCAUGCAAGCCGCAGGAUGGAGCGCAGGUGGUGUCGACCGCAGCGGCGGCCCAAUCCGACGUGGCGGAGGCGGAGGUGCCGGCGGCACUGGCCGCUAUCAGAACAGGAGCGGGCCUUACGACAGGCGGCAGGGUCCACCGGGCCGAUAUGGCGCCGAUGGUCCGGGGGCUGGUCGCGGCAGGGGAGGCGCCGGGCGCUGGGGAGAUGGCGCCGCCGGUGGUGCUGCCGUUGGUCCUCGCGAAGCUGUUCAAGGGCGUAGUCUGAAAAGCUACGAAGAUCUGGAUCACGUUGCAGGAGGUGGGUCUGGCGAAUUGAAUUACUAG